ACAAAAUGGAUAAACCAUCAUUUUCAUAUUGUUAUAACUGAACCAGAUUCAAACACAUUAAUCCUUUUAGUUUGAAAUGUUGUCAAAAACUCUUCUCGUUUGUUCUCUUAUUUUAGGAUCCGUAAUCUGUUACUCGAAUGCAGUUGAGGAAACUGAUUUUCUCAAUGCUGUAGUUGAUAAAUACAGUCCUGCUUUGGUCAAGCAAUUGAUUAUCAAACGUAUCCAGCACAAGAGGGAACAGCUUACUAAACUGAGUUCAUCAGUUGGCCUUACUCGAGAUCAAAUUAACCUUUGCCAAGUUACUUAUCAAGCCUUUGCGACUCUCGAAGUUGAUGUUAAAUUAAUGGAUCAACAUGAAGUCAUCUGUGGUGAUGAUACUUAUCAAAAGGCAAUCAAAUAUUUCAUCAAUCAAUUUACUUAUUUGAAUGAAAUGUUUGAAUAUGAAUUUGAAGUCCUCAAACAUCCAGUUUUAACUAAAUACAAUCCUGACAUACUCUUGGAGAGUCUAACUCAGGCCAAUAUUGACAAAAUUAGACAACAAGCUAUUGAAUUAAUUACAGCUUUUGCCGCAGACAUCGAUGAAAUUGUUGCCGAUAAAAAGACUUCCAAUGAACUGAAAGCUUUAGGUCAAGGAAUAUCAAAUGAGUUGAAAGACAUGGUAAUCGAAAUGAAAUCUUCGUAUCCUGUACAAAAAUUACAACUUCUGAAGAAUCAGAUUACAAGUUUCCAACAAUUGAUUGAUAUUUUCUACCGACAACUAGAACUGUUAUCUGGUAAAAGUUUUAUUGAUCAAUCUACUGAAUUAAAUACAACGCCCGCUUAUAAAAUUGAAGAUCCGGUUCCAACUAAAAUUAAUCCUGAAUUACUCUUGGAGAGUCUAACUCAGGACAAUAUUGACACAAUUAAAGAACAAACUAUCAAGUCGAUUGAAGCCUUUACCACAGAUAUUGCUAAAAUUGCUGAUGAGACAACUUCCGGUGAAAUUAAUUAUUUAGGUGCAGAUAUAUUAACUGAGUUGAGAGAUAUGGUAAACGUAAUGAGAGCUUGGACACCUCAUGAACAAACCUUACAAGCUCUAGAGAGUAAGAUCACAAGUUUCCAAGAAUUUAUUGAUAUUUUCUACCGAGCACUAGAAGCGGUAACUAAAGUCAAGAGAUUUUAUUAAUUUUAUGAAUAAAAAUGAAUAAAUAAAUUGCAAUAAAUAUCAUUCAUUCUGAAA